AUGGAGAUACCAAAUGAAUUAACUCCUCUUUGGUUUGCUCAAGUAAAGCCAAAUACUAUCUGCAAAAUAUUAGUUACUGAUGGAACAGACUGUGUUUUAUCAAAUGUGGCUGUUUCUCAAGGAGAAGAAUAUCCAAAAGAUUCAAAAGUUAAACUAUUCGUUAAAGUUAACGACAACCCGCCAAUACAAUUAAUAAAUUUCAAGAUUGGAUACUUUGAAUCCUCGAUUAUGAAAGUUACUUUUAGUGAAAAUGAUAACAUUCAAUUUUAUACAGAAGGAAGCGCGAUACCUAUUGAUGUAUCAGGAUUUUUAACUGAUGGUUUAGCUUUAAGUAUCGAAACUGUCGAAAAAACAGAUACAAAAUGA